AUGGCGACGGAUCUCUCCGCCUCGUCGGCCGCCGCGGCGGCGGCGGCGCCGUCCUACGCGAAGGCGGUGGACGCGUACCGGAAGGCGGCGGCCACGGCGGCCACGGCGGCCGCGUACGUCGUGCUGGCGCGCGGCAUGGCGCGGGAGCUCCUCCCCCACGACCUGCGCGCCGCGGCCAGCUGGGCCGCGUCCCUCCUCCGCGCCCGCCUCGAGCGCCCCCGCGCGGAGCGCCGCACCCUCGUCAUCAAGCGCGCCGCGGGGUCGUCCCGCCACGACGGCGACGGCGGGCUCUUCGACGAGGUGCGCCAGUACCUCGCCACCCGGAUCGACCCGCACUCCAUGCGCCGCCUCUGCCUCAGCGGCGGCGUCUCCGGCGCCAGGAGGGUCCUGUCCAUGGAGCACGGCGACUCCAUGACCGACGUCUUCGAGGGCGUCGAGUUCACCUGGGCGUCCGUCGCGGGGGAGGGCCGGGGCGGGGCCCUGUCGGAGUCGCUGGAGCUCAGCUUCGACGCCGAGCACACGGACAAGGCGCUGGGCAGCUACGUCCCGUUCAUCACGGCGUCGGUGGAGGAGGAGCGUCGCCAGGACCGCGCGCUCAGGAUAUACAUGAACGAGGGGUCGCACUGGCAGGGCAUCAACCACCACCACCCGGCCACGUUCGACACGCUCGCCAUGAACCCGGAGCUCAAGCAGUCCGUCGUCGCCGACCUCGACCGCUUCCUCAAGCGGAGGGACUACUACCGCCGGAUCGGCAAGGCGUGGCAGCGCGGCUACCUGCUCUACGGACCGCCCGGCACCGGCAAGUCCAGCCUCGUCGCCGCCAUGGCCAACUACCUCCGCUUCAACCUCUACGACCUCGACCUCUCCAAGGUGCGCGGCAACACGGUGCUGCAGCGGCUGCUCAACACCAUGACCAACAGGUCCAUCCUCGUCAUCGAGGACAUCGACUGCUGCUUCACCUCCGCGUCGCGUGAAGUUGGCAAAGAUCAGGUAGGCGACGCUGUGACGGAUGAUGAUUCUGAGGAAGAGAGCAUACCAGAUCACUGGGGCACGCCGCAGCCACAGCAGCAUAACAUAACUCUGUCCGGGCUGCUCAACUUCAUCGACGGCUUGUGGUCGACGAGCGGCGAGGAGCGCAUCAUCGUCUUCACCACCAACUACAAGGACCGUCUCGAUCCGGCGCUGCUCCGGCCGGGCCGCAUGGACAUGCACGUCUACAUGGGCUACUGCGGCUGGGAGGCCUUCAAGACGCUGGCCCGCAACUACUUCCUCAUCAACGACCACCCGCUGUUCCCGGAGAUACAGGCUCUGCUCUCGGCCGUGGAGGUGACGCCGGCCGAGGUGUCCGAGAUGCUGCUUCGCAGCGAGGACGACGACGCCGCGCUCCAGGGUGUCGCGACCUUCCUCGGAGAGAAAAAGCAGGCAAUUGGUGAAGGCAAUUAGCCAUCAGUCGCAUGAAAGCAUCAAGAACCAGAAAGUUAGCGAGGAAAGAAGCCUUUUUUGUGUGUGUGCUGCAGGUUAUGUGUUUUGCAAUGCUGAUCGAUCCAGUCGACAAGUCCUGAUUUCUUUGUCCUGCAUUAGCUACAACUACUAGCCUUCAAUUGCUGUUCUGACAGUUCUCUAGACUCUAGUAGUUCGUCAGCUAAAGUUUAGCACUGAUAUGAUUUGGGCUAAUCAGUUUGUUUUGUAACGUCAAACUAUCAGAUGUGUAACUUGCUACUUUGCUAA